AAGGAUCAGAGAUGAUGGUUUACAAAGAAUACGUUUGUUUGACUUGAAUUAUUUUUGGUCACACUGAGAUAAGGAGGACAAUAACAUUGGUGUAUUUGUGAGCAGAAAAAGAAGAACAAAGUGAAGCUGUUGAGAGAUGAAAAAGACAAGACCAAACUUAUUGAAAGUUUUACAAGGGAUGAACUGCUGAACACACCACAAAAUCGAUUAUACGGACGUUCUGCUAACAUUGUAUGUGGCGGAACAGCGGCGCUGAUCAAACCCGUCCAGAGGCGCAGACGGAGGAAGCGCGUCUUUGCGCACAUGAAGCGCAGACAGCGAGGAUUUCGUAUGACGCUGAUCAGCAUCCACCUGGCGGACCUCCGCUCUCCACCCAACAAAACGGAUCAGCUGUCCAGGAAAAAAAACAAGUUUUUUUUUCCACACUCUACUGCUGUGUGUUUCACAGAAACCGGUCUGAACGGCGCGGCGCGCUCCAUCUGCGGAGCUUUCAGCUGUUCGGAGCGUGACGUGACGCAGAACCAACGGGGAGAUCGCGGGACCUGAUUCUACAUCAGUGAAAGCAAGCAGGGACAGACAACAGGGGAGGAAACUCAGCCACAGAAAAUACCAGAGGAGGAUCACAUGGUGUUGGACACACACUGCAGAGACAUAACACCACUGUCUCUGGAUCACAUCAAGGAAGGUCAAAAAGUAGAGCUGAGUCUAUAUCUGAGGGAGGAGGUUUUAAAGGAGAACGGUCUGGAGGUACAGCUUCAAAACAAAAGCCUGCAGGAUUUCGAGUUCCUCAAAGUUCUUGGAAGGGGGCGAUUCGGUAAGGUCUUUCUGGCUGAACUCAGGGGCACCGAUGAGGUGUUUGCACUAAAGCUGCUGAAGAAAGACAAGAUCCUUAUUUUCAGAGAUGUGCUCCACACUAUGAUGGAAAGACGUGUCAUGAUCAUGGCUACAGAUCACCCCUACCUCACACAGCUCUGUUGCUGCUUCCAGACCAAGGAUCGCUUGUGCUUUGCUAUGGAGUACAUGACUGGAGGUGAUCUUGCGUACCACAUCAGACGCUUGGUUCGAUUUGACGAAGCAUGCUCCCGGUUUUAUGCUGCUGAGAUCAUCUCUGCUCUCAUGUUUCUCCACCGCAACGGGAUCAUUCAUAGAGACCUGAAACCUAGCAACAUCCUGUUAGAUGCUGAAGGCCACUGCAAGGUUGCUGACUUUGGCUUGUGCAAACAGGGCAUUCUAGAUGGCAAGACCACCAGCACGUUCUGUGGUACACCUCUGUACUUGGCACCUGAGAUUAUAGUAAAGCGUGAAUAUGGUGCAUCGGUGGACUGGUGGUGUCUAGGUGUUAUCAUGUACGAGAUGAUGGUGGGCUGUGCUCCGUUUGUUGCUAGCGAUAGGCUGCAGUUGUUUGGGUCCAUCCUUCAGGAUAAUCCAGACUAUCCUUGUUCGCUGAGCAGAGCGGCAGUAAGAAUUCUCGAGUCAUUCCUGGUCAAGUGUCCAGAGGCUCGGCUUGGCUGCGUGGCAUCUCAGAACAAGGAGGAAGCCAUCAAAGUACAUCCAUUCUUUAAGGAGAUCGACUGGGUACUUUUGGAACAGAGGAAGAUUACGCCGCCUUUUAAACCACAAAUUACAACCAAAAGAGACAGAGAAUGCUUCAAAUGUCAGGAGCUCAGGAUCACUCCCACUGACGAUUCCGUCGAACCAUUAUUUCAGUACAUCUUUAAUGACUUCUCCUACUGUAACCCCAGAUACUGAUUGUUACGCUUGAAAAAACAAAUCAGUAAAAAUCCUUUUUUUUUUCCUGUGCUGAAUAAAAUCAGUUACAGUAAAACGUUGAUCAUUAACACAGUUCUAGGACACAUGAUGGACUGGAGAAAUGAUGUGCAAGAUAUCUGGUUUCUGAGAGUCUGAACAAGAGAAAAAAUCAGUUUUCCUCGAUAAAUGUCUCAGGUUUUAAGGUUUUUUUGAAGCACGUCAUGUUUUUUUAAACUAUUUUCGAAAAGCAAGAAAUAUUUAGUCGCAUUAAUGCACUUCUGUUCUGUGAUGAUGAAAUAAAACGCAAUCAGCUAGACCUUAAUCGCUCGUUUGUUCACGUAUUCGUUCUGAAGCGGAUUAGUUAAAACACUUCUUAUUACAAAGUCUGAGUCAGUUUUCUGGCACACUUUGAAUUGUCAUUGUUUCAUUCCGGUUGUGUAGAUGUAGUUCGAACGAUCGAGGCGUUGGGUGCGGCUAAAAAAAAUGACCUCUUUAAAAGCAUAAAUUCCAAAUAAACCUAAUUACAUAAUAGUUCAUUGUGUAAAUAUUAAAGUUUUUUUUUAAAUAUAUGAAAUUACCAACAA